UCUAGCUUCUCCUCCCCUACACACAGUGUUCCUUCACUUGCCGUGUCUCCUUGGGAAGUGAAGUGGUCUUCCCCCUUUCAUUCUCCCUAUAGAAAAAACAAAACAAAACAAAAACAAGAAAAACCUGUGAGUCACGUGACAGGUGGGGCUCGGCUACCCUCGAUGUGCUGGCUGCUUAGCCUCAUAUCCCCCUCUGUGACAUACAUCCGUGUAAUAUAUUCUCUUUUUUUGUCUGUUGUCAUGCUCCAAGUCUUGUACACGUACAGGAAGAAUGAGAAGACCAUCUUCUUGACACGUUGAUAUCUUGGCCAUAAGCCCAGAGGUGCAGUUGCCUACGACAGGUAGGUAGACAACAGACAUUCUGUCCUGCGUCUCCGGUUGUAGGUCGCAUGUAGUUCGUCUCAGCAGUGGAAGGAAAGACAAGAACAGGUGUUAGCAAUGGCCAGUGGAUACGAUGUGGAGAAGGGACGGCCUUCCAGAUCCAACAGCCGCGCCAUCGUCCUCGCUGUUCUAGGAGCGGCCGUCAUCAUUGGCAUCGGGUUGGCGAUUGGUCUGGGGGUGGGUCUUCGGUCACGUGACGACAAGACAUGUGAGAUGCCAGGUGACAGCGAGCAAAGUCGGAAGUUCAAGUCUGGUCAUGGCGAAUACCGCUUCGCCACAGUGGCGGCCGACUCGGAGAUGUGCUCCAAGAUUGGCACCGAAAUCAUGGGCGGCAAGAAAGGCAAUGCCGUCGACGCUGCCGUUGCCUCGGUUAUCUGUGAAGGACUCAUGAACGCGCAGAGCUCGGGUAUAGGAGGCGGGGCCUUUAUUGUCUUCUACAACAGGACCUCCGGACUGGCCAUCGCCAUCAACGCACGAGAGACAGCACCUGCUGCCGCCUCUCAGGACAUGUUUGUCAACAACCCGAGCUUGUCUACUUACGGGGGUCUGGCCAUCGGGGUGCCGGGGGAACUGAAGGGUUUGUGGCGGCUGCACCAGGAUCAUGGGCGACUUCCGUGGAGGGACCUGCUGACCCCUACCAUCGACCUGUGUCGCCAGGGGGCACCACUAACUCAGGCUCAGUAUAACGAUGCAGUGGAAAAGAAGAGUGAGCUGGUGAAUAACCCAGAAUUCAGUUUUCUCUUCGACUCCAAGAAGGAGGUUGUGCCACCCGGCACCCUGAUUCGCAGGGAGAAGCUGGCCCACACCCUACAGAUCAUCGCCGAUGAGGGAGUUGAUGCUUUCUACAACGGGACGCUUUCACAGAUGAUCGUAGAUGACAUCCGGGACAGCAAUGGCACCAUCACGAGGGAGGACCUGGCCGGUUACACUGUUGACGUCACGUUCCCGCUCACUUUCGAUGUGAAAUCAUCUGGAUUGACAGUGUAUACCAUGCCGCUACCCGGCAGUGGAGUGGUGCUCGGGUACAUCUUUAACAUCUUGUCUGGCUAUGGGUUCACCCCGGACAGCAUGUCGACGACAGACAAGGCGGUUCUGACCUACCACCGCAUUGUAGAAGCCAUGAAGUUCGCUUACGCCAAGCGGUCAGAACUGGGCGACCCCAAGUUCCUCAACAUUUCACAGUUGGUGCGGAAUAUGACGUCACCGGAAGUAGGGCAGGAGAUACGCGCCAAGAUCAGCGACGACAAAACACACGACAUCUCUUACUACGAGCCGUCUUUCUUCAACAAGAAUGACCAUGGCACUACCCACAUCUCAGUGCUUGACAGCGAGGGCAACGCCGUGGCCAUCACCACCACAGUUAACCUACACUUUGGUUCUAAAAUGAAGGGUAGCAGGACGGGUAUCAUCUUCAACAACGAGAUGGACGACUUCUCCACCCCGAACACCACCAACGCCUUCGACGUCCCUGCCUCCCCGGCCAACUUCAUCCAGCCUGGCAAGCGACCUUUGUCCUCCAUGACCCCAAGCGUUUUCGUUGACUCCAAGACAGGAGAGGUCAAACUGGUGAUUGGUGGGACUGGUGGGACCAAGAUUACGACGUCUACUGCCCUGGUAGCGAUGAGGACGCUUUGGUUUAACAGCUCUUUAGUGGCAGCAGUGGACGAUCCCAGAUUGCAUCACCAGCUGUUUCCACCAGAGAUUGAUGUGGAUGAAGGUUUCCCGAAGGAAAUUAUAGAAGGUCUCGUUGCCAAGGGACACAGAGUCGCUACGCACUGGCCAUCCGUGGUGCAGGCCAUCUUGAAUGAAGGAAGUCGACUGUAUGCAGUCUCCGAUUUUCGAGACGGCGGCUCUCCAGAUGGAUAUUAAUCCAUUCACUUCUUGUCUCUUCACUCAAAUCAUUUAUCACCUACCCCGCCGACCAUGCAAAAUCUCUGCAAAGUAGAAGCACUUUCCUUCCAAACAAACAUCCCCCGCUCUACCUCUGUCCCUCUCGUUUGUAAUCAUUCAGCUUGUGAGUUGCCAUCAGUGAUGUAAGGGAAUGGACCUGCGGAGUGCUUACAACACUGGCGGUACUGACACUAGCAGGUUCGAUUCCUGUGUGGCGCAGCGUGCUUCAUCUACCCGGGUGGUAAGUGGGUACAUGAGGAGUACUCUCUAAACUCUUCACUCACCAAAGAUAGAAAGGUUACAGAAUUUUAGAACUAGCUACAGAAAGUGCAUUCUUUUGUUAUUAGCUAGCUAAUCUACCUUAAGUCACAAAAUGCUUCCGUUUUCAGUUACCUGCCUCUGUAGUUAUGAGGAUGCUUUAUAUCAUCUUUCUACUGGAGUGGUUAAAUUAUUUUUUCUGGAGAAGUAAUUGAAGUAUGUUGUGUCAGUGAGUUGUUCUGUUAUUUGAGGACUUUAAAAUUUCACCAGUGAUAUUAUCGAGACCUGCUGAUGUUGUUUAGCCUUUGACAAAGGAGUUGUACAUUUUACUUCUUCUGUAGUGGCUUUGAAAAUGAUCAUACCGAUUUUUCUUAGAGACGGAUCAUAUAUUUGAACCUUUCUUCUGAACAGACAUUACAGUUCCAGAAAGUUUUCUGAUCAUUUAAACUAUCAUUAAAUGCAUUUAGAUGUAAUUAGAGGAUUAGAUUGACAAACUAAAUCUUUGUAAUAAGGUUUAUAGUACUUUUGUUUUCGCCCCUCUUCAUCUGAAGAAUUAUAUUAAAUGAUCUCAACUGUUUUCUAUA